AUUUCUGGUAAAUUGGUUUUGAUCUGCAAGCCUGAACUCAGAAUGAAGACCCUCCUCAUCUUCACCCUCUUCCUGAUUUCAGUAGGUGGAGGAGAAUCAGAGACAGUGACAGGAUAUUCAGGAGGAGGAGUCCUCAUCAACUGCGCAUAUAAGACAAACUUCACAGUAAGCCCAAAAUAUCUCUGUAAGGGUCCAUGGUCAAACUGUACUGACCUAAUCAGGACAGGAGUUAAAAAUGAGUGGAUAAACAGAGGAAGAUUCUCAAUGUUUGACGACACCAGAGCUGCAGCGUUCAUGGUGAAUAUCACUGAGCUCACUGUGGAAGACUCCGGAACGUACCACUGUGGAAUUGAUAUAUUUUUGGACUUUGACGUCUACACACCAGUGGAGCUGAAUGUAAACGGAGGAAGCCAAGCUGGUCAACCCACAUGGCCACAUCAUCUGGGUCCAUCAACAUCUCCUGCAUCUUCAAUAGGCCUGGCUGUGUACGCCGCUAUCGGUGCUGGUUUAGUCUUGAUAACUGCUGCUGUGAUUACAGCAAUUUACUGCAAAAUAAAAGUCAAAGGUUCAGGAAUAGUGACAAGACCUUCCAGAGAGACUAAUGGAAAUUCUGAACAUGAUCCAGCUUGGUUUAAGCUUAAACCAAGAGAAACCACCAGCAAACAAUAUGCAGUUCACCAGGGCCUAAAUCCCAAACCCAACCCAUCAGAUUCAGUCUACCUGACUCUAAACCCCAACACCACCCAAUCAGAUUCAGUCUACCAGAGUCUAAACCCCAAAAACACCCAAUCAGAUUCAGUCUACCAGAGUCUAAACCCCAACAACACCCAAUCAGAUUCAGUCUACCAGAGUCUAAACCCCAACACCACCCAAUCAGAUUUAGUCUACCAGAGUCUAAACCCCAACACCACCCAAUCAGAUUCAAUCUACCGAAGCCUAAACCCCAUAACAACCAAUCCAAUCCAUUCCACCAGACACUAAACCCCAACACCACCCAAUCAGAUUCAGUCUACCAGAAACUAAACCCCAACAACUACCAAACCAAUCUGAUUCUGUUUAAAAGACUCAACCCAAACAACAACCAAUAAAAUCUACCAAAUCCUGAACAACUAACCAAUCAGAUUCAGUUUACUAUAGUCUGAUCCCUACUACUAACUAGGCCUUUCAUAAUUAUUACAUAAUUAUUGCACUUAUUUUAAAUGAUCGCAAUUAUUUGAGAUGGUGGCAAUUAUUUAAAGCAAUCCUAUAUAGAAUUUGGAGAUUUGGAGACUUCUGUGAUGGAAAUAUGUAAUCGCAUGCAACAUGUGGAAGAAUAAUUAUCAACAUGGGUUGUGCUUUGGACCCCCACAAGCAGCUUUUGCGAGUGCAUUGAAAUAGUAUUCGUAAAAGAACGCAGUCAAAACGUGGUGAAGGACGAGUUUUCCAGUAUUUGAGUGAAUUAUCUACUAUCGUCAUCAUAUUUCUAUGAGUAUAAUGUUGAUUUUGCAUUUAAGACCUAAACAUCAAGUCAAACUAUCUUUCUGAGCUUGUUUGUGUGACAUUAAUAAGUCAUGACAUAUGACAUGGUCCACCAAAUCCAUCCCGGUGCCUCUGAUUUUUUUGAUUGAAUGAUUAUUUUAGGCUUUACAGAGUGACUCACAGCAGUGCAUGCUCACCCUAUUUUAGUGUGCUUUAUUCUCAGUUAUACGACUUCUUUCAGUUUUAUCAAGAAAUCUCUCACUGUUUUAGGCUGACUUCAACAACUUUCCACAGUCAUUAAAUGUCAAUUAUUGACACCUACCAUUGCCUUUCCCCCAAGCUCCAGUGCUCUGCCUCGCCUGCCUACUGCUCAUGUUCUACACCUGUCUACAUUAUUGUCUUUGAUAGCCUGUCUGCCUGUAUUACUGACUUCUUGAACAUUUCUGACUAUUGUUUGGGUUGUGUUAUUGGACUUGUAUUUCCCUUUGUCUAUAUUAAAGACCUUUUUCCUUGCACAUGUA